AUGCCUCAAUUGGGCCUCAACGUUGUCAACUGCUACAGCAUGAUCUCAAGUGAAAUUCUGUCUGUGGUGACGCCUCCCCCUUCUCUGUUGUUCACAUUCAACGCUCCAAACUAUGUGCAUGGUCCCAGACAAGAAGAUGUGGUAGCCUUUUUAGGCGGUCCUGACCACAAUCCAGGUGUAAAGAAUCUAUCUUUCACUCUUGAUGCUGACGACUAUGGUAUCACCCGAGGUUUAAACCCUCUUUCAAUGAUAUUCACGCCUUAG